CAUUGCAGUAUUUCCCCAUUUCACUUCCCAUUUCCCAGGUUUCUUCUACGGAGUAUUUCAUCCCCCUUGACCCCAAAAUUCUGCUACUCCCCCCUCAACUCUCUCGAAUGACGAAAUUAUCGUUGUUCUUUGUGAUUGGGUUCACAAUCAUGAUCACCCUUACCCGUGCCUCAGCAACAUCUGCAUCACUCGAAGAUGCCCCAAAGGAAGCCGCAGCCGCAGCCGCAGCCGCCUUUGUGAAGAAAACAAUUUCUUCUCAUUCGAUUGUCAUCUUCUCCAAGUCCUACUGCCCAUACUGUAAAAGAGCAAAGGCUGUUUUUAAAGAAAUGAAUCUGAAACCUUACAUUGUUGAGCUUGAUGAGAGGGAUGAUGGAUGGCUUAUUCAGGGCGCUGUCAGUGAGACUGUUGGAAGGCGCACAGUACCACAGGUUUUCAUUAAUGGAAAGCAUAUUGGAGGAUCAGAUGAUACUGUUGAUGCCUAUGAAAGUGGUGAACUACAUAAACUCCUUGGUCUUACAUCUAGCAAGGAUGAUCUUUGAGCGUGAUAUGGUCAAUGGCGGAACACAAAAGGAAGAUAACCCACUAGCUCUAUUUUCUUCUGAUUAUUUAUUAUAAAAUGAAAGCCAGUUUUGACAUAUUUAGAUAUCAUUAACAUUUCAUUAUGGCAAAAAAAGGGAAAUCUAGAAAGUGCUGCUUAGCUGUUUUUCAAUCAUUUGUUUUGUUUAUUUUUGUUCUUGUUGGUUACUCUCUGUUGUGGCGGUUUUUUUAUUCCUGUAUUUUUAUUGUAGUACUUGGUUUAGAUGUUCAUGUGUUGAAGGAUUAUCAAAAGAAUUGUUUUAUCAUUAUGGGAGAAAAUAAAUCUUGGUUUAACAAAGGCA